GAAAGAAUCGCAGGCGAAGGAAACGAAAUGGAGUGCACGGUUACGGGCGCAGAUGGUGGAAAGGGCGACGGACGGGUUGGAGCUAUUUGGACUUGUACGUGAACGGUACGACACGCUGCGGGAGGCGGUGGCCGGAGGGCCCAGGAGGGCCAAGAGAGGUAUUAUCGACGUCGGCGGUACCGCACUGCAAUGGCUGUUUGGGGUGGCGACAAGUCAAGAUCUAGAAGAACUUAAUGGUCAGCUGCAGGCCUUGGGAGGAGAAACGUCGGGGAUAGUGAGUGCGGUGGCUCAUCAAGCAACGUUAGUGAAUGAGACAUUACGAGAACUAGGGGAACAUGUACUGGCCAUGCAGCAGCUGGACAGAGCGCACCAAUCACUGGAGAAGGAAUUCAACAAAUGGAGACAGAAUGUGGUGAGUGCCGUGAACGCCCUAGAGAGUCAAGUGAUUAUGACGACGAGGGUGGACGAAGCCUUUCGAGCUGCUCAGAGAGUUCUAGACUGGGCCAGCAUGGCAUUGGAGGACAUCGGUAUUGGUUUCGCCCUGUUGGCAACCGGCAACCUACCCCCGGAACUUUUCCCACCUACUCAACUGCGAUCGGUUCUUAAAGAAAUUCGAGCUUCUUUGGCGAUGGGUUGGGCACUAACACCUGCUUUGCAGAAUGGUGACCUGUGGAGGGCAUACCAGGAAGCCCGGGUCGUCGUAGCGGCCACAACAAACGGGCUUCGGCUAUUCAUUCAUCUGCCAAUAAUUGAGAUUAUUACUAAGACAUUUGAGUUAUAUCGAACACUUGUGUUGCCAGUGUUUAGUGCUGCAGGGCGGGAUCAGCAAACAUUUAUUGAACUGACGGAAACCAAGGUACGCUCUUGCCAGGGAAGGGCGAGCUCGGUAUGUCCGCCCAGUAAAGCUAUCUACCGGAAAAAUUUUAAGAAGACUUGUGUGAUGGCGCUGUUCCUGCAGGAUACUGACAAAAAGAAGACGGAGUGCGAUCAUGUUGUAGUAGAAUGGAGAGAACCUGAAGCCAUUUACCUGGGCCACCGGACAUGGGCAGUAUCAAUGAAUAAUCUACGCUCUCUUGUAAUGGAGUGUCCUCAACAGACAGAUUCGAGGGAUUCUUCGAAAGCAGAGCUGCCGUUGGUCGGCAUUGUCGAAAUCCCACACGGUUGCUCCAUUCAAACUGAUGAGUGGAUUUUGCAGGCCAGUAGGCAACACUCGUUAUCAUCCACUAGGAAGGGGAACGACUUUGUGCCACGUCUAAAAGGGGUAAACUGGGCUGUAGCUACAGACGCCCAACAACAAGGAAGCAUGACGAGCGGGAAAUCUACGAACUCAUCGCUGCAGGCUUCAUUAGAGGCGCCCUUGAAACGGAUCGGCGGCAGUCUGAAGAACGCAGCUAGUUUUGGUAACACUAUCCGUGCUUUGGAAGUAGACGACUCGGAGAGGGAAAAACGAGCAGCGGAACAUCAUAAAUAUCCAUUCGAGCUAUGGGGUGUGGGAGCAGCGUUGUUUAUGGUCAGUGUGGCUGUGUGCAGUAUCCAGUGGUGCCGAGGGAGAAAAGGAGACGUUAAUAUGGCCGACCUUCGGAAACGCCUACGGAUGGUGGAGGAGUUCGUCGAGGAAGAAGCUGAGAAGCGACGCGCGCGGCGGUGGAACACCAUGCAUUGCCUUACGGAAAUAGACAAUCGUAUGGCAGCGCAUGAAGAGGCUUGCUUGACGACACUGCACAAGCUGGAGUCGUCCCUUGAGCAUCUGGCAUGA